UUAUUUUGAAAGAAACGUGCAUGUCACCCUAAUUCCUUAAAGUAAAUGAUCUCUUGGGGUGCUUGAUGUGGUAUGGACCCUUUGGAGAGGAGGUUUCGAGAGUGAUAGGCAGUGGUCUUGUGCCAGGUUCCUUAAUUUUGGUGGGAGGUGAUCCUGGUGUUGGCAAGAGUACCCUGUUGCUGCAGAUGGCUGCAAUGAUUGCUGAAGGGCAUGAUCUUGGGAGAUCAGCUCCAGUAGUAUAUGUCUCUGGGGAAGAGAGUGUGGAGCAAAUUGGAAGCAGAGCUGACCAUCUAAGCAUUGGAACUGAAGAACUGUAUUUGUACUCAAGGACUGAUAUUGAGGACAUACAAGAAAAAAUUCAAGCUCUUUCACCUCGAGCUUUGAUUGUCGAUUCAAUUCAGACAGUUUAUCUAAAAGGUGUGGUUGGAAGUGCUGGAGGUCUCUCGCAGGUAACAUCUUUGCAAUCUACCCCCUUGCAAGAGGCAAAAUUGGAUCUGAAUUCAGGAGAUUGGUGAUUGAGUUUAGGGCACUCUAAUUUGUUAUGUGAUCUCGUGUUGCCACAAGUUCUCUUGCCUAAAGUUUUUUCACUUCUCUC